AAGAUGGAACAGAAAACUGUGAUAGGCUUUGAUCUUUGAGUAUUAGAUGGUACGAUAAGUAUCGUUUUCGAAAAAAGAGUAUUAAUAAAUGUAAAGCAUUUUAAAAAUGAAAAUUUUCCAUUAGCAAAUUUCUCGUCUCUUCUAGUCAGAAAUUAAAAUUGAAUGAACUGUUUUUGGGUAAUAUUAUGGAAUUCUCUUUAGUUACGUGUUUAUAAUACAUAACAGAAAUGUAUCUAUUAUUCAAGAUCCAUCGUUCUACUGUUAUGGAAACCAGAAGCGAACACAGAUUUCCCUCAGUCCGACCUCUACACAGUCAGUGAAAGCAUUUUCAUACAACAAAGUAAAGAUAAAAAAUUUUCCUUCGACGACGCAAUGCGAUUCCAGUCACGUUGCUUAAUGAUCUAUCAAGGUAGACAGGAUUCUUGAGGAACCAAUGUAAUUACGUGACUACGAUCAUAAUUUUUCUAAGGUCUCUGUACCCAUAAACAAUAUUGUGAUCCCGUUUGUUAUUUAAUAUAAUUACUUAUAUCUAGUUAUAUUUAGUUAUUAAAUAUUAGCAUGAUUUACUAUAUGUAAUUCAGUAAAUCGGUACAAGAUCUAAAGAAAAUAUUUCUUACGUAUGAUUUUGACGAACUUUGUGUAAAAAUCUAUAAAACUAGAAGUUGCUUAGUUUAUAUACAGAUAAAGAAAAGCAUCGUUUAUAUCGUCGAGAUAUCACAUUUAUAUCAUUUUAAAAAUAAAAAUUCUUUAUCAAAGCGAAGAACAUUUUCAUAAAAAAUUACGAACAGAAUAUCUCGAUUCUGCAAUCUACUGUAAACAAGAUAAGUAUCGAUAAUGAAUAAAUCUUGACAUUGAAUUUUAUUCAAAAAGUUACAGUGAUAUCAAAUAAUCCGUAAUGACAUUUAUUACUCCAAUCAUAUCAGUCAACUACUACCUACCGCGUAAUACGCGAUCGAUUUUCAAACGCACCCCCCUCCCUCCCCCCACCAAAUAGAGUUUCCAGUGUAAUUCUGUUAUUCUUGAAUCUUCGGCUUGUUUUUCAUUUUUUAGCUCACUUUAAAAUUUCUUCUGGCUUCAAUUGUGCUACGAUUUAAAGUUUUCCGUGUAUACGUUUAGGACGUUACUGCGUGCGGAAAUAGUACAGAAGGCCUCUAAUUAUACCGUCUACAAUAUUAUUUAUAGACUUUGAACCAUAUAGUACGUAAGUAUGUAAUUGUAUAUCUGUCGUGGUUCAUUUUAUCCUUCUCUGUUGCGUGAACCAGCGGUUAGGAGCGACACUAAAUCAAGUGGGAAUGAAACUCGUUGAAACAACGCUAAACAUGGUAACGGAUCCAUGACUGUGCUUCUGUUAUUAUCAACGCCAGUAACGGUUAAACCUAUUGCAUGUGUCGAAAUGAAGGACGAGAAGAGUAACUCUAUAUUGCCCACUGAAGCGACUCGAUUGAGACCAAGAUUGGAAAGUUUCGAUGAUGUUCUGCCGUAUGUCGGUGACUACGGGAGAUAUCAAUGGCUGUUGUUAUUGUCGUUACUACCUUAUGGCGCGACGUACGCGUUUCUGUAUUUCUCGCAAUUUUUCAUUACGAUUAUUCCCACGGAACACUGGUGCAGGAUAGACGAAUUAGUAAACUCGAAUUUCACCGAAGAAGAGAGCUGGUACGUUUCCAACGGGAUGAUGGACAAGGUUGUUGAGAAACUACGGAGAAUAGCUAGGAUCAAUCGUAGAAAUCCAGACUCGCGUAUUUACGAUAUAUUAGUUAGUAACAUGGAGGCACCGGACAAAAUUCAAGAAUCAGCGACGCUGCUCGAUCUGUUCAAAACGCCACGGUUGGCGAGAAACACUAUUCUUCUAGUUGCAUUCUGGUGUUUUACCCUGAUCUCGUUCGACGAUCACGUGUAUUCAUUAAAACUUAUCCAGAGCUCGGUGUUCGUGUCGUUCUCGAUCGCCUGUGCCACAGAACUUCCAGCUGGGUUAUUACUCGCCCUGUUGCUCGACCGAUGGGGUCGUAGACUCUGCGGAUUUCUCACGAUGGCAAUGACCUGUGUACUCAGUAUCGCUGAACUUAUGCUGCAUUCCAUGCUCGCGAAAUUAGUAAUGUCAAUAUUGUCGCGAUUCUGUCUGAACAUGGCAGCCAAUGUUGGUCUUCAGUAUGCAGCAGAACUUCUGCCCACGCCAGUCAGAUCGCAGGGCGUAUCUUUCAUUCAUAUUUUCGGAAUAGUUGCACACUCUUUGGCGCCAUAUAUCACUGACUCGGCUGCAAUUUGGGAGGGAUUUCCAAUGCUCAUUAUCAGCACGGUGUCCUUUUUUGGCGCUGCACUGGUUUUGUUCUUGCCGGAAACUGUCGGCCAGAAUCUUCCUCAGACUAUCAAGCAAGGCGAAGAAUUCGGAAGGGACCAACAUUUCUGGUCGUUGCCUUGCUACCAUAAGACACACUUCAAUGGACAUCAACACUAUCACUCCUGUGAACGAUAAUUAUCUGAUUUUUAAUAAUAAUUCAAUUAAAAAACACGAAGGAGGAUUCGUGUUUUUUUAGAAGUAACAAUAUUACAAGCGGAUCAGUCUGACGAUUUUUGUACGAGAAAAAAUCGGAACAUAUUAUUUUUCUAUUCUCCUACAUUAAUUUUUAUUUUUAUCGUUUACGUUUAAGAAUUUGUAAGCCUUAAUUCUAAAAAGAGCGAGCUUAGAAAUCGUGUUCCUAUAUAAUUUUUAUUAUUAUCUUUUAAGAGCUUUUAUAAUUUUAAUGCUAAUUUUCACUUGCGUUACGCACGUUCGAAUCGUUCAGCGGUUGGUGCUAAUUUGAUAUUCAAAGAUAUUACGUAGAAUAAUAUCGAAAAUGUUACGUAAAUUAAUAAUUACGUAAUUUAUUAAUUACGUAAAUAAUAAAUUAGGGAGAUUUAAAUUUUUGAUUCCUUUAAUGUUUUUAACAUUUUUUACUGGAAUAUAUUGGACAAAAUCUUAUUUAAAAAAAUAGUACGUUUAGAUAAUUUUUCUCUGUGAAAAGAAACAGUUUUAUAUCUUUUGAACGAUUAUCCACGUAUUUUUAACGAUUAUUUAUCUAUUCGUUAUAUUUUUUGUACGAUUUUAAAUAACGUACAAUAUUAAUAAAAUCCAAGCUUGAAGACUUUUUAAAUUAUUGUUAUAAUUUCUUCAGCACCAACUGCUGGACUUUUAUCUAUCUAAAACGAGUUGUACGUACAUUUAAAAAAAAUAACUCUAAUUGACUGUUUCUAUGGUUUAGGAAGAAGAAAAAAAGAAAGGAAAGAAUAUUGUAAGCAAAUCGUGCCAUCGUAUGACGAUCAGUGUUCGUCGUUGUGCCAAUAACAACGCAAUCAAUCUGAAGAAACCUAUUCAUAGUAUUCAUAAUCAUCACUCACGUAUAUAUUCGCGUAUACACUCACGUCCAUAAGAUUGAUUCACCGAAUAAAACUUCCAUAAACCUUAAUAUAAGAAACAAUUCUACUUUUUAUUUGCACACACAUCGACGAAUCCCCCGAACAAAAAUAAACUGCUAAAUAUCUCUAUAAUUAAAUACAUUAAUGCUCGAUGAUCCUCGUUCAUCGUUAUACGUCUAAUCUAACUCCAUCCUAUAAUUAGGAGAUAACGAUCACUUAUGUUACAAUGUAUUAACCCUUAACAGCCGAACUUAAUUAUAAUUAAUUAUAGAAAAUGAAAUGCUUCAUUAUACGGAUAUUUGAAGUAAUAUUCUGUAUUAUACAGGGUGUCUGGUAAUUGAUACUGUGAUAACCAGUGGUUAGUUAAUAUGGUUAAUAACCAGUGGUACAGAAUAAUACUAUGUGAAAGGAUCUGUUGAAAAUAUAGAACGAGAGAUUUUCGUACGACGUUCGAGAGAAUGAAAUUCUGAAGCUUUGUCAACUCGUGUUCACACGACAUUCACGAAACAUAUUCAAAAUUUAUUUUCUCGCAAAUACGAAGAAUCAUCAGUUACGAAACACUCUGUACUAUAUCACAUUAUUAUAUCACUAUCGUAUUGAUAAGAAAUGUCGAUAUUAUAACUCCUUAAGACUCCCUUAAUAUUUAUUUGCGAUUCAGCUUAAUAUGUAUUGGCCCUGUGUAAUUUCAAGAUUAAAAAUAUAAAAGAAUUCAUUCCUGAUUA